CCACGCCUACCCAGUCAGCCAAAAUGCACACACGACCAUACAGAGCUGUGGAAAUUCUAACGUUGUUUCUGAGUCUACAUUAAUGUGUCUCAAGCAGGGGACCAACGGGCCUGGUGAGCUUAAACCGGAUGCAAAUGAUCACUCCAGUCUGAAUCGGAUGGCUGACAUGCUGGCUCAGCUGAUUGAAGUUUUAAAGGCAAAGGAGGAGCGUAAACCUGAGUAUGUGUCUUCUGGGAGAGUGCGUAGAAGGAACACAGCUGGACCAAGCAACUGUAAGAUUUGUGGCGACACAACGCACACUACAAUCGACCACUGCAGAUCUGAUCAUUUGUGUUUUAGAUGUCAUGGUGCUGGUCACUCCAAACGUGACUGCACAGCGAAAUUCCCAAAUUCGACUUCUGCAAUAAUGUCACCCAACAGUCAGGGAAACUGACUCACCCACAUUCUGAGAGGGGGUGUGUGGGUGAUGUUGAAAAAUCCCUCAAAGUGGAUACAGAUUUGGAAGCUUUGUUCAGCUCCUUUAAGAACAUAUGUCCUGACUUCCAGAAAGUCGUCUUUCAAAAUACACAACGCGUUGAAUGCUCAGAUACACUUUUUUACACACCUGUUCGUAUUAAUGAUUCAUUCACUGUCAGUGCAAUGUUGGACACCGGCUCUAUGGCCUGUACGUUAAAUGAUUCAGUUGUCAGUAAACUAAGGGAACAUGGUGCUUUGGAUACUGUUAAUGAAGAAGAUACAGACGUCGUCUUAAUUGGAUGUGGCGGCAAACGAACAUUUCCAAAGUGCAUGCUUGAGCUUAAGCUGGACAUUUACGGCUGUGACGUUAUUGUCCCUUGUCUCGUUGUUCCAGGCCAAGGAGAUGAUCUCAUUCUGGGGACAAACGUCAUCAAACAUCUUGUUCACAGAUUAAAAGAUUCUGACAGAUAUUGGGAACUGAUCUCUACGCCCAGUGGACAUAAUCCAGAGAGUGACGAGUUCUUGUCUAUGAUGGCUGGUGUAUGUCGAUGGAGGGGCGGAACUAUUCCAGAUGUUGUUGGUACAGUUAAACUUCAACAUGCAGUUACACUUUCGCCUGGCCAAGAGCAUCUUGUCUGGGGUAAACUCCCUAUUAAGUCCUGUAGCCAACCGGGCAGUACAGUUAUGGUGGAGCCAUCUAGACUCCGUUCUGCCUCCAGGAAUGUUCUAGUGUGUCGUGUUGUCACUCCGCUUUGGGGCGAUGGCUGGAUUCCACUUAAGUUGAUCAACCCUAGCGAUAAGCCAGUAACGCUGAAGCGAAACGCCAAAGUGGCCGACGUUUAUCCCUGUAUUGCGUUGGAGGAUGUGUGCGAAACAAGGCCUGAGCUUCUACUUCGAUCGAGCAGUCAGCAGUCAGCAGCUGAGUCAGAUAAAUCUACUGCACUGAGGGCCCAGAGCCAACACGCUACACCAAGGGACCUUUUAGUUCCCGUUCCCCACACAGAACAACUUAUUAGUGCAAAGAGAGAGAAAGACUGA